GAUUCAUGUAACCAAUCCCUGAAGAAUGAAGCCAGCAAAAAUACUGUGAUUGUUCAGUGGAAAGGUUUCCAUAACAGUGUAACCUUUUAUAUGACUACGAAGGGAUCCAAAAAUGUCGACCAGUAGCACUCUAAGUAACUAUUAUGUGGACUCUAUAAUGGGGCAUGAAGCAGAGGACGUGUACAGGCCACGCUUUGUCCAGUCUCCGCACAGUACGACCUCAAUGCCACCAGGUGUUGGGGACAAUGCAGAUUUUUCCUCCUGCAGUUUUGCACCCAAGUCAGCCGUUUUCCCAGGGUCUUGGUCCUCGGUUCACACGCAGUCCACCGCCGCAGUGUCAGGGAUUUACCAUCCUUACGUUCAGUCCCACCUCUCCGCAGCAGACAGCAGAUAUGUGCGGUCGUGGAUAGACCCAAUAUCUAACAACGUUUCUUUCUCCGGGUUUCACUAUAACAGCCGGCAUUAUGGAACAAAUGGAACCAAGCCCGAAAGUUUACCACUGAAAAGGACUGAGAGUGCCACUUUUGAGACAGAGACUCCGGUGGUUGUCCCUGGCCCUGGUUAUGCUUGUGGAUUGUCCGAAUGCCCGAAAAAUGUGGCCAAAGAGAGCGUUGGCAGUGAUACUUCGAAUCACAGCGAGCCUAAAGAAGAGAAACAACAACUUGACCCAAACAACCCUGCAGCAAACUGGAUUCAUGCACGUUCGACAAGGAAGAAGCGAUGUCCAUAUACAAAAUAUCAGACACUAGAACUGGAAAAAGAAUUCCUUUACAACAUGUAUUUGACACGAGAUCGACGAAACGAAAUGGCUCGAAAUCUCAAUUUAACUGAAAGGCAGAUCAAAAUCUGGUUCCAGAACAGAAGAAUGAAAAUGAAAAAGAUGAACAGAGAGAGGGGCAGUAAGGAUCACUUAUAGCCCAUGCUAGAGUGGAUGUGUAAUCGCUCGCCUUUUGAUGUACCAUAUUGUUGUGAUUACUUGGAAUAAAACGUGCUUUCUUUCUUUUGUUGGUUUGAAUCUAAGUUCAUGUCGAGUCUUAAACGAAUUACUCCACAACUCGAGUAUUUAUGCCCAGUAUGGGCCCACGGGAAUGUGCUUGCGUAUCGUUUUCUUCGUGGUGUAUUUGAACAAUGUCAUG